AUGAUGCGUGUGGCUAAACCCGAUGGGAAUUACGCGGUGUAUGAGGCUCUUUUCUGCAGCAUCAUAGAGAAGAGCAAUGGAGGACAGAAGAACCUUGAUAUCGACGUAUUGGAGCUGCCGCAGUUGGAGAUUCUCGCGGAAAUGAUUGGAGUUUCACUAGACGACAGUUCCAUUUAUCGUCUUGCGUGGAGCUGGUCAUGCCAGACACCACUUAGUAUUAAAAAGAAUGAAUUUAUGAAGGGUAUGAGAGCAUUAGAGACAUCGAUGAAAAAGACAAAGCCGAACGCCAUCACCCCGAAUUUACCAAAGAAUACAUUACGGCCAGAAUUUAAUCCGUAUCUUUGUGCGAUGCGUUCCCACGUUGACGAAAUAGACGAGGUGUUACACAAGGACCCGGAUCAAUUCAGAAAAUUUUACCGUUUUAUAUUUGGAUGGGUACGCUCACCCGAGACUACGGCAAGAAGUCUGGGCGAGUUGGGGAUGAAUAUAGCGACAGCUGUCGAGUUGUGGCAAAUGCUGUUUCCUGAAUACAAAACCUUUCUCAAAAUGAAUGAUUGGAUAACAUUUUGCACAACCAAGGAAAUCUUUCAUCGUGAAGCCAUUAGUCGAGAUCUUUGGGAGCAGCUCUUGGAGUUUACGUCCUUAACUCGGUAUGACACAUACGAUGUCAAUGAUGCGUGGCCAAGCGCCAUUGACGACUUUGUUGAGUACUUCAAAGCCCAGCACCCAAACUGUGGGGAAGAGGAGAGUCCAACCCAAAUUCAUGAAGACGCAAAAUAA